GGCUACGUCAGAAGUAAACACUGUGCUAACUGUAGCUAUACACUUGGAGCUAACAUGGCUUUUACUCUGUACUCCCUCAUUCAAGCAGCGAUUUUGUGCGUGAACGCCGUGGCUGUUUUACACGAAGAAAGAUUUUUGAGUAAAAUUGGCUGGGGAGUGGACCAGAGUGUGGGAGGAUUUGGUGAUGAACCAGGCAUCAAAGUGCAGCUGAUGAACCUGAUUCGCUCUGUAAGGACCGUAAUGAGAGUUCCUUUGAUCGCAGUGAAUGCUGUCUGCAUCAUUUUGCUGCUGCUGUUUGGAUGACGAAAAUGAGUGGGAAAGUAAUUGGAUGAAGAAUCUGAGUGAGGAAAGAAGCAAUUAAUAUCUCAGGAAGCUGUUGAUGUUUAGAAUGUUGAAAAACAAAAAAACCUAUCACACAAUAAGACUUUUGUCUUUCAAGUUUUUUGCCCUAAUAUGUAGUGGUGUAAAGAAAUUGUGAAAUGCGUUGUAUUCCUGUUAAUAAAGAAUUUGUUGCAUCGCACUUGCCGUCCAUUC